AAAGUGUCAGCAUAUGAGUUUUAUCAUUCGCUUGCAAGACGUACCGACAAUUCUGGCUUAUCAAAGAUCAGGGAUCGCUACUCUUCUUUUAUGCGGAUGGUACGCCAAUGGCACAAUCUCAAGCAACUUGGCCGUGCAGGAAGGGGACACGAUCCUGCUGGAGUAGAUGCUACAGGUGAAGGGGAGCUAGCAGUUCUCUGCCCCGCAUGCCCACAGCCCGGGAAGAAUUUACCGCCAGACUGGGAGAAAGAGCCGCUCCUCGCUAGAUGGAAGUAUGCGUUAUUUGUGGCAAUCAACGCGAAUUUCAGGCUGAAGCGAAAGGCAGUGUCCUCUGACACUGCCAAUCCUAGCCUCAAUGUUGGAUGGGGAUAUUUUGUGCGGGACAGUGCGUACAAGUCUUAUCUUGCGGACCGUGCCACAGAAAAGCAAGAACGAAGUACAUGUGUGAGCCACAAUGUGGUCAAUGCAGCAGACACGAAGUCCUCUCAUGGACUAGCAGCCACUGGCGUUGGGACAAUCGACUGUGCAAGACACGACAUGAAACUUCUGAAUGGCAUUGGGGACCUCCAGAAGGGGGAGCGAUACAUUAACAUGGAUUAUAUUGUAUGUUUUGCGCUCCUCGCACUCGCUGUCUCCAUGAUCAACAUAUCCUACGACAUUGCCUGUCAGUGGCACAAGAAACUAUGGAGUCGAAUGGAAACAAUGCCCGAACGGCUUCGCCUUCCCAGUGAAUCCUCCCUUAUCCGCUUCUUUGUGCCAAAGUUCCACAUCCAAGCACACAUCAAUAAGUGUCGCACGAACUUCUCGUUCAAUUGGUCACGAUACGUUGGCCAAACAGAUGGUGAAGCACCCGAACGUGGCUGGGCGAAUAUCAACCGCAUAGCAUCAAGCACAAAAGAGAUGGGAUUGGGGACACGUCGAGACACUCUUGACAAUCAUUUCGGAGAUUGGAACUGGAAAAAAGUCACAGCGUUAGGGCAAACAUUACUGAAGAAGAUGGUUGAAGCUGUGAAGUGGGCGAGAGAGCAUUCUGAAGCUCUCGCGGAGCUGGAGAAGACCAUCCAGCCGGCUCUCAUUGCUCAAUGGAAGGCAGAAGUCGAAGCCUGGGAGGAGGACAACUCUUCUCCCAAUCCCCUUGAAAGUCGGUUUGCUCCGGUCACACAGGCGGCCGUAAGAUUGGAACUCACCGAGCUCGAAGCUCAGGACCUUCAAGCUGGAAUUAAUGUCUCACUUCACACUGACAUUUCCCCAAGCGGAUUGAUUACUUCGGGCAUGGAUCUCGAAGAUCAACAAGCGCGUCUGAGAUCCAAGCUUGCCGAUGUCUCCCUCCAUGACACUGAUAAGCAGAAGGCAACCCUGCAGACUCAAAUCACCUCCCUCCAGCGAUGGCUCGAUGCCUGGGUUCGCGUCCAGGAGUUGUACAUGCCAGUGGUUUGUCAACUCCGUCAUCAAUCAUCUGAAGCUAGUGUGAGGAUGGAAGAACUGAAGCCCCAAGACUUCAAACUCUGGCUCCCAUCACAACUCCCAAUUGACACGCCUACAGACCAGAGGCUUGCUGGGCACGAGUGGGACUUACACUAUGCACAGGCUCUUGAUGCCCUCAAUGACAUUCGCUCGCACCUGCGCCUUCGAUCCCACAUGUACAAGUACAAGGAUAAGAACAUUCGCGGUCAAGUGGGUUCUACCCGUGCAAAAAAAAUCAUCGACACUGUAGAGUCAAGGAAACAAGCUAGCGUUCUCAAGUAUAGACGGGCACGGAACACCCUGUUGUUCCUUAGCAGCCAUCUUGAGAAGUGCGGGUGGGAGAUGAUUGUGCGCCCGCUUUUGGAUUCUGAUGUCAAACCUAUGGGCGACAUGGAGCGGCAAGGGACAGGAACUAUAUCCUGGAUUUGGUUGGACUCGCGUGCUGACAACAGCUGUACAGAGAACGAACGGGUGCAGGAUUGUGUCCGCUUGGAGUGGUGCAAGGCUCGUGCUCAUGCGCACCGGUGGUCGGAGGAGGUGGAGCUAUUGCUGGAGGAGAUGAGACGUGUGAUAGUGUUUUUGAAAUGGCAAGCAGCCUGGUGGAAGGAGCGCGAGACUCUCUGAACGGUUGACUCAGUGCCCACACAAGAAGGACUGACGGCGUAUGCGUGUCGCCAGUCUGCAUUGCGUGGGUCGUUGAUUGCCUCAUUUCAAAACUUAUGGAGUGGGGUCCCUGCAUUGGUCUCUGACGGUGUGGAUAUGAUGGAGAGCAGAGAGGCAGACGCCCCUACCAUUGAUUGAUACUCCUCCGAUGUAUAAUUAGCACGAUAAUGAUAUCAUUGAGG